AUUAUUGCAAAGCUGGUUUAAGUCAGAACUCCACGUGCUCCUGGGGACUCCCUCACCAUUCCCAUUAUUUUUAACAUUUUCUCUGCACACUCUGCGCUCUCUUUUCUUUGCACUUGCACCCAUCUCUCUCUCUCAACACUCAACAAUCAGCUGCCAUGGACGGGAUUAUCAAAGGCGGCGUCGGCGGAGGCGGUGGUAGAAUUGGUAUCGGCGAAGACGACAUAGGCGACGGCAUGCAAUGCAGUGACCACCCCUACAGAAAUAACCCAGGUGGAAUCUGUGCCUUUUGUCUUCAAGAAAAACUCGGAAAACUUGUUUCUUCUUCUUUUCCGUUACCUAUUCGUGCUGCUGCUUCUUCGUCUUCUUCUCCUUCUUUUAGAUCUGAUACUGCUAAUAGUAGUAGUAAUAAUAAUAAUAUUCUCAGUUCCGUUGCGGGUAGUACUAGUGUUAACGGCGGCGCUUCUUCGUUUUCACUACCGGCUGCCACUUCAAUGAAAGCUAGAAAUAAUGCCGGCGGGAAUACUAAUGGUAGCUAUUAUCAAGAAUAUUACACUAGAAAGUCUAGAAUCCCGUUUCUUUUAGCUAAGAAGAAAAAGAAAGUCACCGGUGCAUCGUCGUCGUCGUCUGAUCGUGAUAAUAUCGUUUUUAAACGGAGCAAAUCUACUGCAACACCGGGAAGAAGACACCACCACCACCAACACAACCACCAGAAUCACCAUUUCUUGGAUAACGACGGUGAUGACGAUUUAAUCAGCCCAAGAAGAAGAGGCGGGGGUGGUUUCUGGUCAUUUCUUUAUCUUUACUCAACUUCAACCUCGAAACCUACUACUACUGCUACCAGAAAAACAGAACCACCACCAACAGCGGCGGCGCCGGCGAUAACAAGAAAUGGGUCCGUUAUAAAGCCGAAAAAAUCCGACAUUGUUCUAGAGGAAGAAGACGACAGUCCGAACAGUUCUCAAGCAACGUCAUCAUUCGAAAGAAAAGUAUCAAGAUCCAGAUCCGUCGGAUGCGGCAGCCGCAGCUUUUCCGGCGACUUUUUCGAAAGAAUAUCAACCGGAUUCGGCGACUGCACUCUCCGACGAGUCGAGUCACAAAGAGAAGGCAAACCAAAAGGAUCCACGUCAUCGAACGGAGCCAUGAAAGAGAAAGUAAAAUGCGGCGGAAUUUUCGGUGGGUUUAUGAUAACUUCGUCAUCUUCAUCGUCUUCUUCGUCGUCGUAUUGGCUUUCAUCGACGGUCGAGCCGGCUGGGCCGUUGUCCCAUGGUCGAACCAGAAGCUGGGGAUGGGCUUUUGCGAGCCCAAUGAGAGCUUUUAACAAACCUAAUUCAAAAGAUGGUAAGAGAUCGGAGAUUAUUAGAGAAGGUUCUAGUAAAAAUACUACCCCAGAUUUGUCUGCUAUUCCUUCAUUGUUAGCAGUCAGAAAUUAAAGCUUCAAAACACAAGUACAUUUGGUCAUGUUUAUUUGCUUAAUUACUUACUAAUUAUCUCUAUGUUUAUUAUUGUUGGGUCUGUUAAUUAGUGCUACACAUGUAUUUUUUGUUGUUAAUGUUUCUUGAAAAGGACUGUUUUAAAUGAAAACUCAGUUGAGUAGCCUUUGCUUCAAAAUCUUUGACUGUAUUUGGAGAAAAUGAGUUGGAUUUUUGUGUUGAAUUUACAUUCUUUAA